AUCGAGAACAAAAAAAAAUAUGUUUUACUGUAAUUCAUCCGUCCAGGGCUGUCCACAUGAAUCCAUUGUUUGCUAAAUUUUACUUAUUUGUUAUCUUAUCUCGAUUUGGCAUCUCGUGGCAACAGAGUUUCUGCGCGUUUUCUAGGAAAACAAAAUAGGUGCUCCAGAUUCGCAGUACUACUGGAAAAAGACCGUAUACAUUCCUAAUGGCGAGCAAUGGAAAUGGGAAUGACAGGAAUCCUCAGUUCUCAUACUAUUUCCCUCCUCCGACCUGGGCCGAUCCAUACGAAUCAUCCUCGUCCUCAUCAUCAGUUCCGACAUGGGUUAUCGCUGCAAUAGUCGGGGUCGCCGUCAUUGCAGGCGUAUUACUGUUUCUGUACAUCAGGAGGAGGGGGAAAAAGAUCGUGGAGAACGCUGCUGCCGAGGCCACCGAUGCUGCCGAGGCCUCCAAGGCUGCCAAGGCUGGGGCUGCCAAGGCCGCCACAGCUGCCACGGCUGAGGCUGCCAGGGCCACCGAGGCUGCCAAGGCCUCCGAGGCUGCCAGGGCCGCCACAGAUGCCAAGGCCUCCGAGGCUGCCAACGCGGCCACAUUUGCCAAGGCUGAGGCUGCCAAGGCAGCCACAGCCGCCACGGCCGCCGAGGCUGCAAAGGCUGGGGCCACUGAGGCUGCCAAGGCUGCAAUCGACCAGCUGCAUUUAACCAGUUGUCUGUCCUGCAGGUAUAUCGGGGUUUUGUGCCCAAUCACUCAUCUGUGUCCCCGGUGCAAGUGUGAGAGAGGAAUUAGCUGGCAUUAUCCAGCGAAAUAUUAAAACUAUAGCUGAAGAAGAACCUUACUUUUCAGUGUUAAUCAGUUUAUGGGACUUGGAAUUUGCUGGUUCGUGAUCCGAGUUCAGCAGUUAUAUUUGGUCAUCCGAGUUUGAGAAUAAAUUAUAAUUGCAGAUAUUUCUUGGACUUUUUAUUGUUA